AUGCAUAUUAGCCAGGAGAAGUUUGAAGUUAUCACCUCUGAAUGUUCCUUUAAAAAGAGUUUUCCUAGUUACUUGCAGGAGGGUAUGCUUGAGGCCAUCUCAAUUCAGGCAUUGGCUCAGGCAACAUUGUCAGUAAAGAGGAGACUAGACUGCUUCUCAAAGCCAGAGGAGAAGUGGAACUCAGAAGUAGAAGAUGACCUGGAUGGCUUAAAAGAGCUAGGACAGAGUAAAUGGUCAACAUAUUUUGAGGAUGACAGUGAAAAGUCUAAAAAUACAGAGGAAAACACACAUGCUCUUUCUGGCCUGGCCCAGACAUAUAGCACUGGACGCAAAAGAGUCAGUUGGGGUGAUCGGUUUGAAAAGGGUGGGUUUUCCAUUUCUGCAACUAAAAGAAAACUUACUUCGUCACUAGUCAUAGGGCCUGGAUCUGGGUACAAUUUGGCUGUAGCAUAUUACUACCAUGGUCUCGUACUCGACAAGGGCAGUGAACCGGCCAACCAUAUCAGCGCAGUCUGCUGCCUCUCUGCAGCUGAUGACCUACUUUCAGACAGCAAAAGGGCUUGCUUGAGUUUCUGCUUGGCAAAUCCUGUCACAAGGGUACCUCCUCCUUGUGGUGUCAUGAAAAACAUGCACACAAAAAUUCCAGAUGUCGCUUACAAGAAGUUUCAAGUGUAUGGGCAUCUGUUUGAGCAAAACAAGAAUAGCACACUUCAAUCGGUUCGUGAUCUACCAGAGUUUGCGCUGUCACUGAGACCGGAAGGAUACGAGUUGCCAAGCACUGAUUCAAUCUGGGAGAAUGUUAAUGGCCAACCUCAGAUUCAGAGCCUCAAGGCGCAUCUGAAGGAUGGCGAAGAUGAAGUAGAUUCAAAAUGA